CUGCCCGGGCUGCCCGAGGGCCGCCUCGCGAGCCGGCACUGGGCGGGCCUGCUCGACGCGGGCCGCGGGAGCGCGCAGCUCUUCUACUGGCUCUUCGAGGCGGCGGAGGCGCCGGCGUCGAAGCCCCUCGUGCUCUGGCUCAACGGCGGGCCCGGCUGCAGCAGCAUGGACGGCCUGUGGUUGGAGCUCGGCCCGCUGCGGCUCGCGGAGCUCGGCGGCGGGUCCUACGACGUCACCGUGAACCCCCACGGCUGGCACGAGGCGGCGAACGUCCUCUUCGUCGACCAGCCCUUCGGCACGGGCCUGAGCUCCGGGUGCCGGACGUCGUGGGCGUCGGACUGCUGCCGGGACGACGACGAGAUCUCCUCCGCCAUGCACGCCUUCCUGCUCAACUUCUUCGACCUCCACGCCGACAAGUUCGUGAAACAGGACGGCGCGAGGGUCGACUUCUUCAUGGCCGGCGAGUCGCACGCGGGGCACUACGUGCCGCACCUCGCCAAGUACGUCCUCGACCGCAACGGCGAGGCCCAGAACCGCGUCAUCUCGCUGGCGGGCCUGGCCAUCGGCAACGGCUGGACGGAGCCGCGGUACCAGUACGCGGCGACGGAGGUCGCGCACGGCUUGGGCCUCGUCUCCGAGGGCCAGGCGCGGACGCUCGCGUCCAAGGAGCGCCAGUGCGUCGCGAACCUGGACCGGGGCGUCUACAACUCGCGCGUGUGCUUCGACCUCCUCGACGACGUCGUCGCCGACAGCGGGUCGAGGAGCCGCGCGCGCGUGUCCAUGUACGACGUCGGCCGCUGGGAGCCGCCGGGCGCGGAGUUCCCGCCGGGCCACAAGGCGCUGGAGCGCUACCUGAACGUGCGCGCCGUGCGCCGGGCCAUCCACGUGACCCACAGCGCGGCGUUCCUCGAGUGCACGGACCCGCCCUACGACGCGCUCUCGAGCCGCGACGGCGUCGGCGUGUCCGCGGAGCUCGCGGCGGUGCUCGACGACCCCCGCCGCACGGUGCGCGUGCUCUUCUUCAACGGCGUCCGCGACCUCGUCUGCAACCACCUGCGCACGGAGACCGUGCUCGAGAAGCUCGCCUGGGCCGGCGCGACUUCGUACGCGCGGUCGGGCAAGCAGGUCUGGUACGUCGGGUCGUCCGCGGCGCCCGCGGGCUACGUCAAGAACGCCUACGGCCAGCUCACGUACCUCGCCGUGCUCGACAGCGGCCACAUGGUGCCCAUGGACGCGCCGGCGCGCGCGUUGGACAUGAUCGACCGCUUCGUGCGCGGC